AUGAAUGAGCGCAAGGGAGAUCCCAACGACUAUAUGUUGAGCCUGAUCAGGGAAGGGAAGAAUAACCGAGGGCAGACUUUCCCAACGGGAGUAACAAACCAGUAUGGACAAAAAAAAACGAGUGUUGACGCUGUACCGGAGAAUCGCCGUCCCCUGAAGGAAGACGACGUGACUUAUAAGUACGUAGAAGAAAUGGAAGCAAAAAAAAUUAACAUCAGGGGAGUGGACAUAGAAUAUCGAGUGUACAAUUUAGAAGAAGGAAUAUACAUCGUGGAUAAUGCAAAUUAUGAGAAAAUAAAAAAUUUGUGGAAUACAGACGAAUUGAAGAAGGCCAAAGAAAAUUUCCAAGGAUCUUUUGGCAUAAAAAGUCAGGGCAUUAAAGAGGAGGAUUGGAUUAUGCUCCCAUUAGAAUAUAAUGAAGAUAAAAAUAUCAAGUUGGUGAAGGCGGACUUUGACAAUCCGACAUAUGAUUAUAUAAUCACGUACUAUGACAAAGAAAGGAAUUACUACUUCGAAUAUAAAAGAAGAAAUUAUUACAAACCGUUUCGAAACACAGUGCAUGAAACACCACCAUAUAAAUCAGAGUUAGAGGAAGACAGAAGAUAUUAUGGCAAAGAAAUUAUCAUACCUAAGAAAAAGCUAGAUAAUGAAAUUUUUAGGCAACCAAUGUUAAGUGAUGUUUUGACAGGGGGGUGUAAUAAAGAACCCAUAGGAUUAGAAUCAUGGAGGUAUGUAAAAUAUCCUUACGGAAAUUUAAUCGAGUAUCAAAAAUAUAGCCAAUUUUAUUGUGUUAAAAAAAAUGGGAAAGAUAAACCCGAUAUGAGAUACCACUAUUUGGGGAAUAGCAAUUUAGCUGUUUCUGAAAUUUGCUUAGGCACCAUGAAUUUCGGAAAUUAUGUGGAUCAAAAAUUGGCUCACGAACUAUUUGAUUAUGCUUAUGAGGAGUUUCAGGUGAAUUUUUUCGAUACGGCCGAAAUAUAUCCCUUGCCUGUUAGCGAGAACUACUUUGGGUUAUCGGAAGAAAUUUUAGGAAACUGGAUUAGGGCUAAGGGGAAGGCGAACCGGCACAAGUUUGUCAUCGCGACGAAGAUUUGCGGCAGGACGGAUAAGAUUCCUUGGGCUAGGAAGUACAAGCGGGGGGGUGCGACUGGAACAGCGGCUGGAACAGCGGCUGGUGGAGCUGCCUAUACACAUGGCUCCGGGGGAGGCGCAUCAGCGAACGGCCAGGGUAACCCCAACCAGGGUAACUCCAACCAGGGUAACCCCAACCAGGGCAGCCCCAACCAGGGCAACCACGAGCAGGGUGCCUACUCCAAGGAGGAGAGCAAAAGCCCGAUGGAAAAGCUCGAGGAACUAAAAAGAAAGGAGGAGUUAUAUUUCAAAAAGGACUACGAAGCGAUGGAAAAAAUGAAAGAACUAGAGAAGUGGAAGCAGAGUCAGAGAGAUGACAACCUGAUCACGUUGAGCAAGGAGAAUAUCAUUUCGAGUGUGGAUAACUGCUUGAUGAGAUUGAAGACGAAUUAUAUCGACCUGCUGCAACUGCAUUGGCCAGAUAGGUACUAUCCCAAUCAGUCCUCAGGAGAUUAUAGUGAUGUACUUUACGACUAUAACAAGUACUAUGACGACUUUGUGCCCUUUGUAGAGCAGCUGCAAGCAAUUAAUGAAUUAAAAAAAAAAGGGAAAAUUAGAGAAUGGGGACUAAGUAAUGAAACUCCCUUUGGCUUACUCAAAUUUUACGAUUUAUGUAAACAAUUGCACAUAUCUCCACCCGUAUCGGUGCAGUUAGAAUAUAAUUUAUUGUGUCGUAAUGAUGUAGAAAAAGGGUUUCUUGAAAUUUGUAGACCCCAAAAUGCUAAUGUUUCAAUUUUGGCUUAUUCACCCCUGUGUGCGGGUAUUUUAACUGGGAAGUAUUUAGAGUACACAGAUUACACCACCAAGGGGAGAAUGCAAAAGUUCCCUUCCUACAUGAAGCGGUUGCGAGGAUCCAUAGCUACGUAUAUCAUUCGGGAGUUGUAUUAUUUAAGUCAGAAGUACUACUUCCCCAACCUGACUGUGGCUGCCCUAAAAUGGGUGUACACACGAUCGUUCGUCACGUCCACUGUUAUCGGCGUGUCCGACUUCCUGCAGCUGCGCGAGAAUUUGUACUCGCUCACGGAGGAUGUGUUGUUUACGGACAAGCUGGAGCGAGAAAUAAAUGCGCUCCACUGGAAAUUCAGGGACCCCAUCAGGAUCAUCCA